CUCGUGACACUAUUAUUAUAAAGAUGGCGUUUAUUAAAGUGGAGAGUGAAGACCUGAAGAUUGAAGAAGUAUUCAGUGUCAAACAAGAAGAAACUGAGGAACAAACAGGUCUGAUGACACUGAAAGAGGAGAGUGAAGCUCUGAAUGAAACGGAUGAGAAAUAUAAGCUUGAGAAACAUCACGAGUUCAUAACUGAAGAAAAACCAUUUACUUGCUCACAGGCUGAAAAGACGACUUCAAGAAAUAGAGCUCAAAAGACAAGAACCUGCGAAAAUAAGCAUUUGACCUGUCAACAGUGUGAGAAAAGUUUUAACCGAAAAGAAAGCCUAAACAAGCACAUGAAAUCUCACAAUGGAGAGAAGCCCUACACAUGCCAACAGUGUGGAAACCAUUUCAGUCUACGUGGAAACCUUAAAAUCCACAUGAGAGUUCACACUGGAGAAAGCCCUUUCACCUGUCAACAGUGUGGAAAGAGUUUCACUCAAAAUGCAAGCCUUAAAAGGCACAUGACAAUUCACACUGGAGAGAAACCUUACACCUGCCAACAGUGUGGAAGCAGUUUCAAUCUAUAUGGAAACCUAAAAACUCACAUGAGAGUUCACACUGGAGAGAAGCCCUACACCUGCCAACAGUGUGGAGACAGUUUCACUCAAAAUGCAAGCCUUAAAAAGCACAUGAGAGUUCACACUGGAGAGAAGCCCUACACAUGCCAACAGUGUGGAAACAGUUUCAGUCAGAAAGGAGGCCUUCUCAGACACAUGAGAUCUCACACUGGAGAGAACCCUUACUCCUGCCAACAGUGUGGAAAGAGUUUCAAUCUACGUGGAAAGCUGAAAAUUCACAUGAGAGUUCACACUGGAGAAAACCCUUUCACUUGCCAACAGUGUGGAAAGAGUUUCACUCAAAAUGCAAGCCUUAAAAAGCACAUGAGAAUUCACACUGGAGAGAAACCAUACACCUGCCAACAGUGUGGAGACCGUUUCACUCAAAAUGCAAGCCUUAAAAAGCACAUGAGAAUUCACACUGGAGAGAAACCAUACACCUGCCAACAGUGUGGAGACCGUUUCACUCAAAAUGCAAGCCUUAAAAAGCACAUGAGAAUUCACACUGGAGAGAAACCUUUCACCUGCCAACAGUGUGGUAAGAGUUUCACUCAAAAAGCACACCUUAUCACACACAUGAGACUUCACACCAAAGAGAAGCCUUACACAUGCCAACAGUGUGGAUAUGGUUUUAUUCAAAAGCCAAACCUUAUGAGGCACAUGAGACGUCAUACCGGAGAGAAGCCUUAUACCUGCCAACAGUGUGGAAAAGGUUUUGCUGAAAAAAGAUACCUUAUGAAGCACAUGAGAGUUCACACCGGAGAGAAGCCUUAUACCUGCCAACAGUGUGGAAAUAGUUUUACUGACAAAGCAACUCUUAUCAGUCACGAGAACUCACACUGGACAGACAGAGUUUCAAUUACCUUUAUAAAGUUUACGUUCAUAUGAGAAAUCAAAGGCUGCAUCUACACUUGUCAUUAACAUGUGACCUGUAUCUGGAUGAUG